AUGGGGGCAAUAGAACUUAGCACAAGUGCUCAUGAUAAGGCAACCCUGCUAGCAAACAGGAGCCUAUGCUGGUUGCGUUUGUCAACCGGCAUUGGGGCUAUUGCUGAUGCUAACAUGUGCAGAAUGUUGCGGCCCAGUUGGCCCAAAGCAUGCUAUCGACAAGGGGCAGCUUUCAUGUUUAUAAAGGACUAUGGAAAAGCUUGUGAAGCUUUUGCAGAUGGCUUGAAGUUGGACCCUGCAAAUGAAGAUAUAAAGAAAGCUUUAAGGGAUGCCGAGGAGGCCAUGAAGAAAGACAAAAUGGAGCGCAGAGGUUGAGUUCAGCCUUAUGUUGAGCCUCUAUUUUGUUGCUAGCUAAGUUCGUCCUUCAUCAGCAACCCAGGACAUUUUGGCCGCCAACGGACAAGCUUGUGCUCUUGCAAGCUUCAGAUGGCAACUCGUGUUAAUCGUGGUCGAAUUAACAAGCUCCAAUUGCACUCUUCACAUUUCGUAGUAUGUUCUCUGUCUAGAGACUAGAGAGUUUAAAUGUUAACUAUAUAUGUGGAAACUAUUUCAUGGUUUGUGGAA